AAGAAGAAGAAGCUUGUUGUCAUACGUCACUUCCUUUCGCGGGGUUAAAGUUAAGGUUUGAAUCCGGUACCGACAUAUUUUAAUGAAUCGUUUUAUUUAAAGUUUUUCAUGUUGAUUUAAAAGUUUUCUUUGUGGCGGGUUGACGCCGAGUCUUCAUGGGUUUGAACCUUUUAGCCUUCAUUAAGAUAGUAUAGGACAAUUAGCAUGCUAACAGGCUAACGGUGGAUUAUUUCCUUCCUUCCGGGCAGACCAGUGAGGACUGAGGACGUGCUUUCAGAGGUGUAAGCAUGGAGUCAGAGCUGCUGAUUGGCCUGCAAGAGGAAAAGGCGGAGCUAAAGCAGGAGGUGUGUCGACUGCAGGAGGAGCUGGCAGAGAGUCGAGCAGAGAGAGAGGAGGCAGAGUCACGGAACAGAGCUCUGAGUGACAGGUUGUCCCAGUUGUUGUCUCCAUCCCUCCUCCUGUCUCUUCAGAUGGAGGGGGCGGGGGAGCAGAGAGAGUGGAGAAGGAAGGUGAGGGCGUCCAGGGAGAGGGAGGCCCGCCAGGCCCUGCUCAUUCACCGGCUGCAGAACAAGGUGAUGGAGUACAGAGACAGAGUUCAGCAUCUGGAGGAACAACUACAGGAGGAACAUGCACAACUCAUCAGCACAGAGCGGAGGGUCAGAGAUGAACACAGUGACUCAUUGGAGAGUGCCCUCAUCAGGCUGGAGGAGGAACAGCAGAGGUCAGUUGGUCUGGCAGAUACCAACGCUCUCCUCAGGCAGGAGCUUAGCCAAUCAGAGGAGGACGUUCAGGCUUUGAAAGUGGACCUGCAGAAACUGACAACUGAUUGGACCAGAGCAGUGGAGGAGGCGGAGCUUAGAGAGGCAGCCUGGCAGAGAGAGAGAGAGUGUCAUUCAGGACACAUGGUUCAGGAGCAGACUCGUCUCCUGGCGGUCUGGAGGUCUGUGGUCGCCCUCAGACAACAUUGUCAUACCGUGAAAACUGCUGCUGACAGAGAUCUAUGGCAGCUCCGAGCCGACUUCUCCCGUCUGUCUUUGUCUCUCCUCUCCUCAUGUGACUCCCUCCUACUUAGACCUUCCUCCCUCCCUCUACUGCCCCCUCCUCCUCCGCUGACCUCCUCCCUCCUCCCUACUCCUCCUCUCUCAUCCACUCUGGCUCUUCCUCCUCCCUCCUCGUCCUCUGUGGCUCCUCUCAUUUCCUCCACUCUGGGACCUUUAUCUUUAGAGGAGCUGGAGCUCAAAGAGGAGGAGGAGGAGGAGAAGGAGGAGGAGAAGGAGGAGGAGGCGGCGGCGAUUGUGCAGGAGGCUGAAGUUUCCCAGCUGAAAGAGCAGAUAGCGGUGCUGUCUCAGUCUCUCCAGUCGGUGAACGUCCAAAAAGAGGAGGCUCUGUUAGAGACCCAAAGGAGGCUCGAGUCCGUCAGCCAGGCGGUGGUUAAACUGUCCAGAGUCCUUAACGCUGCCAAUGUGGGUUCAUCCCUGUCCGUCCAAUCAGACAACAUCCUCAGUCUGGAUUUGUCUUCUCUGCUGUCUGUCCUCGCCCAGGCUGAGAGCGUCCUCCAGUGGAGACACCAAGAGCUGCAGGGGGCGGAGCUCUCCAUGCGGCAUCUCUCUGAGGACAAAUUUUCUCUGCAGCUCAGAGUGACUCAACUAGAAGAUGACAAACAACAACUGGACGCACAAAUCCAACACACACAGCUGGAGCUCACACACACUGUGGACACUCUGAGCAGGGAACGGGAGGCGUCGGCUGCCCUCCGUCUGCAGGUGGAGGAGGUGAUGAGGAGGGAGGAGGAGCUGAAGAGACAGGUGGACAGACUGAGGAGAGACAGAGACAGACAGGAGGAGAGGAGCCGACAGCUAGAGGAGGAGACGCACAGACGGGCGGAGGUAGAGCUACUGGAAAAUGUCCAUCUGACAGAGAGAGAAACCCUGCACCGACUAGAGAUCCACCGUCUGAAGGUCACAGUAACACGGGCAUACCACGGUUCUGCUCUGGUUCUGGUACUGGUUCUGAUGAUUGUAUCUCUCCUGCAGGGGGCACUGGAGAGAGAGCAGCUGGACAGACAGAGGACAGAGGAAGAGGCUGCAGACGCCAGAGAUGCCCUGCGCAAGUGCAGGGAAGACAUGCUGCAUCUUUCAUCCUCCGAGUGUGUGUUGAAGCGUGAGGUGGAGGAGGGACGAGACGCUUUGGACAAAAUUGCCGCCAUGAACUCAGCUCUGGUCGCAGAUAAAAGAGAGAUGAACAAACAGCUACUGCAGACUGAGACUGACCUGUCCAACAGCCAGUCACAGCUGCAGGUUCUGAGGUCAGAGGUUAGCUCUCUACAACGGGACGUCAAAACACUGGACAUGGACUGUACUCAGUUCAGGGUUCAGAGGGAGCUGGAUCUCCAGGAGCUCCGUCAGCUGAAGGAGCAUCAGAUGGAGAUGGAGCGACAGAUGGAGGAGAAGGAGAGGCAGGUGGAGUCUCUGACAGAGGAGAAGGAGAGGGGAGCAGAGCAGCUGGAGGAGCUGUCCUCCCAGCAUGCCGCGGUGCACAUGGAGCUGAAGGAGGUGCAGGAGCAGCUGCGACAGGUGGUGGAGGAGGCGAAGAGGAAGGAGCGUCAACAGGAGGAGCAGCAGAGACAGAGGAGGAGACAGCAGGAGGAGCAGGAGGCUCUGCACAGGCACAGAGAGCAGCUGGAGGAGGAGAUAAAGCAGCUCAGGUGUAUGUCGGUGUCUCUCCAUCGGACACUCGGUGAGCAACAGAAGCAGCUGUCAGAUGUCGACAGCGACCGUUGUCGGCUGCACACGCACCUGCUCACGCUGCGACAGGCAAAGGACGCUCUGCACGGAGAGAUCGAUUGUCUGAAGGCAGAGCUGGAGAGAACGACCUCCGAGCAACAGGAGGAGAGAGCGAAGAGUGAGGAGGAGAGGGAGGAGCUGAGGGAGGAGGUGGAGCAGCUGAGGAGCAGGAGGUGGCAGGAUGAAGAGGAGAGGAAGGAGGAGAAGGAGGCCUGGCAGAGAGAGAGAGAGGAGCUGAGUGUGGAGCUGGGAACAAGAGAUGGAGAAGUGGAGGUGCUGAGGAGGCGCAUAGAUGGACUGAUGGAGGAGAAGGAGGAGAUGCAGGAGGAAGUGGAGAGACUGAGGGAGGAGAUGAAGAGAAUGGAGGACAGGCGGAGGACGGAGGAGGAGCAGAGGGAGGUAGAGAUAGAGGCACUCUGUGACCGGAUGGAGAGACUGGAGAGAGAGAAGGAGGAGAGGGAGGAGGAGGGGAAGAGAUUAAUGCAAGAAAAAGAGGAGCAGGUGAAGAGAUUAAUGAAAGAAAAAGAGGAGGAGUUGGAGAAGGAGGUGAAGAGACUGAGGACACAGAAGGAACGGGAGGUGAACAGACUGAAGGAGCAGAAGGAGGCACAGGAGGAGCUGCUGACAGUGAAGGUCAGCAUAGCAGAGGAGGAGCUGGAGGAAGCAAGGAAGGAGGUGGAGCGGAGGGAGCACAGCCUGGAGCGGCAGAUGAGUGCAGUGCGGGAGCGGGAGGAGGAGGUGCAGAGGCUGAAGGAGCAGCUGAAGGAGGCAGAGGAGAGGGAGCAGCAGGGAGUGAAGGAGCGGCAGGAGGUGGAGGACAGACUGAAGAAGAAGGAGGUGCUGGAGGUGCAGUUAGAGGCACUGCUGAGGGAGACCCAGGUGCUCCUGGAAGAGGAGAGAAGGGAGGGAGGAGAGAAGGAGUUCAAGAUCUCCUCACAAAACAGGGAGAUGCAGGAGGCACAGGCCCAGAGGGAGGCAGCAUGGAGGAGAGCCAGGGAGCAGGAGGAGGCCUGCGAGUGGCUGGAGGAGGAGGUAAAGGAGUGGAAGGAGGAGGCUGAGCGGCAAGCAAGAGAGGCGGAAAAACUAACCAAAAUCCUGAAGGAGCAGGAGGAGGAGGUGCAACAGCUCAGAGCCACAAUGGAAGAGAGAGAGGAAGAGGGGAGGCAGAGGGAGGUGCUGAGGAGGGCAGAGGAGGAGAGGAGAAGGAGGAGGUUGGAAAACAAGGUGAUGGAGAUGGAAGAGGAGAAGAGGAGGCUGGAGGAGAGAGUGCAGGAAAUGGAGGAAGAGCAGGAGGGAGAAAAGGAGGCACUAAAGAGAGCAAGGGAGGAGAGGAGGAGGCUGGAGCAUAGAGAGAAGGAAAUGGAGGAAGGGGUGAAGGAGCAAAAAGAGGAGCUAAUGAGGUUAGAAGAGGAACUGAGGGAGGAGCGUAGGAGUCUGCAAAGGAGGCUGAAGGAAACUGAGAGAGCUCAACACCUCCUCCAGGAGGAGAGGGGGAGGUCCACAUUGAAGGAGCUCGAGGAGGAGAAGCGUGGGGUGGUAGAGGAACUGAAGAGGAGGGAGAGGGAGGUGUCUGCACUCAGAGAGGAGGUGCAGAGAGAGAGAAGGAAGAGGGAAGAGGUGCAAAGGGAACAAAUGAGGAGGGAGGAGGUGCAGGAGGAGUUAAGGAGAAAAAGGGAGGAGGUGGCAGCUCUGAGAGAGGAGGUGCACACAGAAAGGGAUAAAGCACAAGAUGAAAUGAGGAAGAGACAGGAGGAGGUGUCUGAAAUUAAAGAGGAGGCUCAAAGAGAGAGAGUAAAGAGAGAGGAGGUACAGGAGGAGCUGAAAACAAGAAUAGAGGAGGUCGCAGUUCUCAGAGAGGAGGGGAAGCGGGAACAGAGGAGGAGAGACGAGGUAUCUAAACUCAUGGAGGAGGCACAAAAUGAGCGAGUACGUAGGGAGGAAGUGCAAGAAGAGCUGAGGAAGAUACAGAAGAAGCUUAUAUCUGUCAGAGAGGAGGUGAAACAGAAGGAGGAGCAGAGGGCAGAGGAGCAGAUAAGUAGAAAAGAGAAGCAGAGACAGAUGGAGGAGGUGCAGGAGUUAAAGGAUAGAGCAGAAGAAGAGCUAAGGAGGAGACAGAAGGAGCUGUCUGAACUCGAGGAGGAAGCACAAAAGGAGAGACUACAUAGGGAGGAGGUGCAGGAGGAACUGAAAAGGCAAAGACAGGAGGUGUCUGAACUCAAGGAGGAGGUGCAGACGGAGAGGAGACAGAAGGAGGAGGUGCAGGAGGAGUGGAAAAGACAAAGAGAGGAGGUGUCUGAACUCAAAGAGGAGGUGCAGACAGAGAGGAGACAGAAGGAGGUGGUUCAGGAGGAACUGAAAAAACAAAGAAAGGAGGUAUCUGAACUCAAAGAGGAGGUGCAGAUGGAGAGGAGACAGAAGGAGGUGGUUCAGGAGGAACUGAAAAAACAAAGAAAGGAGGUGCAGGAGGAGCUGAAAAAACAAAGAAAGGAGGUGUCUGAACUCAAAGAGGAGGUGCAGACGGAGAGGAGACAGAAGGAGGAGGUGCAGGAGGAGCUGAAAAUACAAAGAAAGGAGGUGUCUGAACUCAAAGAGGAGGUGCAGAUGGAGAGGAGACAGAAGGAGGAGGUGCAGGAGGAGCUGAAAAAACAAAGAAAGGAGGUGUCUGAACUCAAAGAGGAAGUGCAGAUGGAGAGGAGACAGAAGGAGGAGGUGCAGGAGGAGCUGAAAAAACAAAGAAAGGAGGUGUCUGAACUCAAAGAGGAGGUGCAGAUGGAGAGGAGACAGAAGGAAGAGGUGCAGGAGGAGCUGAGAGGAGAACAGCAGAGACUGGGGGAGCAGGUAUCCCAGUUGAACCAAAGCAGGGAGCAGGCCCUGCAGGAGCUGAAGGAGAAGGAAGAGGAGCGGCAGCAGAUGAAAGAGGGCCUGAGGGUGGGGCUGGAAGAGCUGACUGCACUCAAACGCCUCCUUCAGGAGAGCCACGCCGAGGGGGAACGUCUGAGGAGCACUCUGAAGGAUAGGAAGGAGGAGCUGCAGAGGAGAGAAGACAAAGGGGAGGUGGAGGAGCUGAGGGCCAGAGUUAGGGCUCUGGAGAGGAGGAGGAGAGAACUGCUGGAGGAGCUGCAGGAGGUGAAGAAAGAGGCAGAGGAGGUGAAGCAGGAGAAGGUGAAAACCAUGCAGGCAGAGAUCCAGAUGCUGAAGCAGAGGGAGGAGGAGUGGAGGAGGCGAGUGGAGGAGGCUCAGAGGGAGCUGCAGGAGGUGAAGGAGGCAGAGAAGAGUUGGGCUGAGCUGAACCGAAUCACAAGCAUGGCAGCCAUGUUGGAGGAGGAGACGGAUGGAAGAGGGGGAGCAGAGGAGCAGCAGCAGACCUCCUCUCUGAAGGAGCAGAUCUCCUCUCUGCUGCAAGAGAGGGAGGACAGCAGGAGGCAGCUGAUGGAGAAGGAGGCGCAGGUUUACAGUCUGACUCAGAGGACGGACGAGCUGAGCCAGGACAGAGACCGCGUCCGAUUGGCUCUGGAGAAAACAGAGGCUGCUCUGAUUGGCUACAGAGAGAGAACCCACCAACAGGAGCAGAACAAGGGGGUGGAGCCUAACACAGACCCUGGAGUCAUGGACCGCCUGGUGGUUCUCCAACGUCUGGUCGCUGAGUUGGAGUUGGAUAAGAAACGACUGAACAAGAAGAACAUGAACCUGGAGAAUCAGAAAGAACAGCUGAAGAAAGAACGGAACACACUGAGAGACACACUGAGACAGGUGGAGGACGAACGUUCGAGGCUCCGACAGCUGACAGUGACCAGCAGAUCCCAGUCUGACACCACAGAAGAAGAGCGCCUGAGGCUCAUGGUUCGGGAGCUGGAGGACCAGGUGUCUCAGCUCCGCCUCUCAUUGGCUGUGGAUCAGCAGCAGAAGGCAGAGUUUAUCCAACGUUCAUCUAAAAACAGCCAAUGGCUGCUGUCGCUGCGGAGUGACCUCACCGAUUCACUGACGGAGGUCACACGGUGUCCAAUCCCGUCUGUUCUGGAGUCUGAGACGCAGCGAUUGGACCACAGCCUAAGGGAGGAGGAGCUUAGGAUGUCCCUCAGCCAAUCGUAAUAGUGAAACCAAAAACCAAAGCUUUGACCAAAAACAAACUGCAUCUGUACUGUGAUUGGCUGAAGUUACUAGAGGGCGUGGUUUAAUUAUCAGUCAGUUUAAAUAUGUUUACAGUUUUUAUAGAAUUAUUUAUUUGUAUUUAUUUUCAUUUUUUCUCACUUUUGAUGUAAAUCUGAGCUAUUGAUAAACUACAUUUCCCGCGAUCCUCAGAGCUCAGCGUUUGUGUAUAGUUCAAUAAAAUCAAAGAUUUUUUUUAAAAAACAUGAA